UUUCCCGUCCGUGUUCAGCAGAUCGAAAGAAGCAACAAAACAUCGUCUAGCUGCGCCAUUCUGUGACAGAAGUGUGAUUAAAAUAAAGUGUCGAACCCUCUAGACAAAUUGUGGAUCGUUAGGUCACCUAAGGCACUGUAGACCAUUAUAAAGAUCUCUCAGAGCACAGGGGAAUAGACUGUCAGUGCAGAAAUGAGCAACCGCAGCGCGUCCCCCUCAAAUAACAGUGACAGUCCUAAGCCCCCUUGGGCGAAACAGUUGGACAAGGUGCGGAGAGAGGUUCUACAGCAGACAGUGAGCGUGGGGGAUUUCCUCAAUCUCACCGAACGCGUGGCUACUAUUGAGACCACAUUACACAGAAUUGAGGCUACUUUAACGCAAAUUGAGGAGCAAAAUGCAGCUUCCGAAGAUGUAGCAGUACCACCAAACAGCGAAGUUCUCGUGUGUCAGACAAAACCUAUCGAAAGUGAAAGUGACACCAGUUUGAUAGACCUCGUAAAAAGUAAUUGCAGCCAGAACCCUACUGUAGACGACAUAUUUUCUAUGUCAGAGUCCUAUAGCGACUUGGGGUCUAUUCCCGUACUAGUAGCUCCAGUCAUCAAUGAGAAAAUGCUCCUGGAUUUCUCAGACGAUACUUCAAAAACAGAGAGCGACCAUUUGGUAAACUCUGCUGAACAGGAUGGUCAACCAAGAAUCCCGGUUAUAACCACAACAACACAGCUAUAUGGAGAAUGGGAUCCACUGAGGAAUCAGAACUUUGAGUCUGGGCGAGAACAGAAGGUUACAGAGAUGUCGAGAGGAACACAGACUGAGAUUUUGAAACCCAAAGUUAAUGAACAAAGCGCAAAUCCUGAGACACCUAUGUCGACGCCAGUAUUAACCCCCAUAGUAGCUAUCAGCAGCGGCACCAAAGCUCUUUUUGAGCAGUACCGCUAUCCCUUGGCGGCGGUGGACCUCAACCUCUUAGCGUCCUGUUUAGUGAAGGCUGGGGUGUUCUCAGCCUGGGAGGGCCAGCGUGUCCAGUCUGUCCAGUCGAUGUCGGAGAAAGCCCGCUGUGUGCUAUCCGUGUUGCAUUAUGUCGGGGACCGUGCUGUGGGUGCCUUGAGGAAAGGACUGGCCGACAUUGGGGAAACUGACCUCGCUCAGCUGCUGAAGAAAAGAAAAGCACCCCCAACAGUCCAGGUAUCAUUUUCUCUGAGCUUCACAGCAGACAGUUACAGUCCUGGGGACGCCAAGAGACUGAAAGAAGCAGGUGGCGUUUUGCAGGCCAAAUGGAAAGACGCCUCCUGGCGGACCUCUGUCACCAAGACGUUUCGAAUGGCUGGGUACCAAAUCAAGUCCAUGGACGCCAACAGCAUGACGCUGUCCUUGCAGUUCCACAAAUUGUCACUGCUGGAUAGUUUUUGGGGAGCCCUUAGGAGUGCCCACCCCACUUCACUCACACCGACUCUUGGGAAGAUCGUAGUUGAUAAGGACGUAAAGGAGGUCGUGAAGGAUAUGGAGCUGGCUGUUUGUGUCCAUAGUGGUUUGACAGUGGAGCAAUACUUCAAGACGAGGAGGGAUUUCAUGUUCAGCAAACUCUGUACAAAAGAUGACUCCCAGGGGAUCUCUAGACCAAAGAAACACAGACACGCGGAUCAUUCAGCCAUAAGUGCCCUUGACCUUUGCGUAAAUACAAACCAGUUCAGCCAGCUGACAGCAGAUACUGAGUCUCCCUUUGAGUCCGUAUUUCGCGCGUAUUCAAUCCAGAAAAACAAGGACAAAAAGCUGAAGCAGGCUCUAGGGGACAUGAGGAGACAGAUUCUGCAGUGCGGGGAUGAAAAAGAGCGUUUACAAGAAGACAUAGCCAACUACAGGGAUUGUAUCGUGCCCGGCCUGGAGAACGACAAAAGACAGCUUGAGACGGAUAUCGCUGACAUGGAACUGGAGCUUCAGGAAAAAGACAACGAGGUUCAGAAAUGGAAGAGAUUAGUGGAUGUGGACAAAGAGAUUCUAAUUAAAGAGAAAGACAAAGAAGUGGACGAUGUUUUGGCUGAGUUGCGGGGCAAAGAAAAGGAAAACACUCAACUCCUCGCAGAUGCAGAAACAGCAAGAAUAAAAACCGAGAGUUUGAACGAACAGUUAGCUGAACUGGAAGCCAUAUUGGCUACAAAAGAAAAAGCGAUGCGCGGGAUGAAGAAACAACUGGAAGAACUAAAAAAUUCUGGAGAAGGACAAUCAAAGGGAGUAACGGCGGCAGCUCUACCAGCUGCUAUUUCACCCAUCAAUGUGUUUCGCGCGAAUGGCCAUUUUGCUGUUCCUAAGCAACCACCACACCAGUCUAAGCCACAGAUCCAAAAACACGCGAGAUUCCGAGAGAGUCAAAACGUCGUCAUUGAAAACAGUGACGAGUUUUAUGAGAGUUACCACGAAGACGAGCCCCUGGGGACAGGUGGUGUGGAACCUCCGGCCGAGAAACGAAGGAGUAACGUGGCUCAGAUAGACUUGAGAAGGGGUCUGCGCACCAUGGCACAAACGAUGGCACCGAGUUUUGCAACUGGCCUUGGGUCCGGUUCAGUGGAGUAUACAAAGCCGAGAUACCAUGCAGGUCCACUACCUGUUGGAUCGCGCGUGCGCAGGGGACCUGACUGGAAAUGGGGCAACCAAGAUGGCGAGGGUCUUGGCACUGUCGUAAAAGAUGACAAUGUUGGGUUGCUGUCUGUGCAGUGGGAUCAUAACGACGAGGUGAACAUCUACAGAUAUGGGGUAGAGGCGGCCUAUGACAUCCUGGCGUCAGACGAGACCAGGGAGCUGCAGCCAGGGGAGACCAUUGCUGUUGGAGUGGAAGUACAACUAGGGCCUGACUGGAUGUAUGACCCUUACACAGUGGGUGGCCGCCAUGCAGUUGGGUAUGUUUACCAUGUAUCUGAAGACGGCUUUGUAAAGGUUCGCUGGAAGAACGGUCAACGAGUGUUAUGUCGUUUUGGCUUUGAAGGAAAUUAUGACGUAUUAGUCAAAGGGCGAAAUACUUGAUUGAUAGAAAAAUGCAGGGAAUGCGGAAAUUGAUUUAACUAUAAGUUAUCACGCCGCUGAUCGCUACCGGUUAUCAAGGAGACUUCCUCUACACAGAAUCCAAGGCAACGCACUUAGCUGUGCAAAUGCAAUGCAAAAUAAUAUAUAUGUACAAACAUUUUAUCUAUGCCCCCAAUGCUUAGGAUUUAGACAAAGGGAAAAAAAUAAUUGUACCAAAACUUUAAAUUGGUUGGACCUUGUUUACGUUUAAAGUGCGAAAGAUGUGACAUUAAAAACAGGAAAGAACAAAGAUUCAUAGAGGAGUUAAAGUGGCAGUUAUUUCUGUAUAUGACUAAGAUUCAAGAUGAUUAUCUAAAAGUCUUGUAUGCAAGCCAUUUUUAAAAUGUAGGCUGACAAAGACGUGUUUGUAUCGUGUUUGUAUCCAGCUUGGCUUCAAUCGCCCUUUUCAGAGAUGUGUCUAGGCUAUUGGGAGUGGUUUUAAUGUAUACCAUAUACACGGAUUUGAAAAUGUCUAAAAGUCAUAUUUAUAUGUUAAAAUGUCCUGCGAGGUUUCAGGCUCUUAUCUUUUCUAAUUCAGGCCUGAAAAA